AUGGGGCCCCUCCCCCACAGCGAGGCGGGGUUGGAGCUCAGACCUGGGGGCAGCAGCCCAUUGGGACUCAUCAUCCAUGAGGGACCCUCAGUGUACCGCAUCUUUAAACGGUGGCAGGCUGUCAACCAGCAGUGGAAAGUGCUGAACUAUGACAAGACAAAAGACCUGGAGGAUCAAAAGUCAGGAGGCAGGACAAACCUGAGGACAUCCUCAUCUACCCAGGCCAAUAUCCCCUCCUUGGAAGAGGAGGCAGUCAGCACCCCUGCCCCUGAGGAGGGCCCUGCCCGGGCUGCUGGCCACCCUGAAGGCCCUGUGUCCCAACACCACUGUGCUUACACCAUUCUGCAUAUCCUGAGUCACUUGAGACCUCAUGAACAGCGGAGCCCCCAGGGUGGCAGCCGAGAGCUGGUCAUGAGAGUCACGACAGUGUGA